AUGGCAAUGUCACUUCGCUACGUCACCCUCGACGUCUUCACUACCAAGCGGUUCGAGGGUAAUCCCUUAGCCGUCGUUUUCCUCGAGCACCCUCAGCAAAUAUCCCAAGAACAAAAGCAGCUCAUUGCCCGAGAGUUCAAUUACUCAGAAACUAUAUUCGUUCACCCACCGAUACCUGGUCAACAAAGUCGCAAGAUUGACAUCUUCACCCUGGACCGAGAGCUCCCAUUCGCAGGCCAUCCCACCAUCGGUGCAACAUACUGGUUCCUCCGAUCACAGGGUUAUGGAACUACCGAGCAAUCGCCCUCUAGCCUCCUGACAAAAGCUGGAGAAAUCCCUAUUUCAUUAUCUACGGAGGAUUCUAAUAAGGUCGCCGCCUUGAUACCGCACAACGUGCGCAUUCAUGCCGCAAGAAUGUCUUUGGCGGAACUGCUUAGGCUGCAUCCAGAGCUCGAGCCUUAUCUAGAUGCUUCGGCUCAUGCGGAUGGAUUCCCGGUGGUCUCUAUUGUCAAAGGCAUGUCUGCUGUGCAUGUUCGCCUGCCUAGCCUUGAGGCUCUAGGCAAAAUUACCACCCCGACUGGAGGUUAUUUGAUCCCUGCAGCGAACCCAGCGGGCGGCGGAUAUCUUGACGAAGGAUGGGAUGUCCUAGGACAUGUGGCGAUCUAUUUCCGCGUUCACGACGUGUGGGAUGAGAAGCUCCAGAAGAAUGUUAUUCGCAGUCGCAUGCUUGCUGGCACCUUGGAAGAUCCGGCUACGGGAAGUGCUUGUAGUGGAAUGUGUUCAUAUCUGAGCUUAACAGAGGGAAAAUCUGCAACAUACCAGGUUGUGCAAGGCCAAGAGAUGGGGCAGAGGAGUGAAAUUGCAGUUCGUGUAGAGCUGAAGGAUGGAAUGAAGGAGAUCCAAAGUGUUCAGUUGCAGGGAAAUGCAGUCAAGGUUGCUGAGGGAGAGCUUUUUGUUGGAGAUGAAUAG